UGCAGCUGCCGGCUGCCCCGCUCGCUUUCGGCCCGGCGCUGCGGUCCUGGCAGCCGUCCGAGCGCGGUUCAGGUGCUUGGAGGAUCUCAAGGUCUUGCAGAAUCCAGGAUGUCUGUCAGCGACUACCAGGAAAUUCUCAAGUACUAUGAAUUACAUGAAACAAUUGGAACGGGUGGUUUUGCAAAGGUAAAACUCGGACGGCAUCUUCUUACUGGUGAAAAAGUUGCAGUAAAGAUCAUGGACAAAGUUGCGUUAGGGGAUGACUUGCCUCGUGUUAAAACAGAAAUUGAUGCCAUGAAGAACUUGAGUCAUCAACAUGUUUGUCGACUGUAUCAUGUCAUAGAGACAUCAAAGAAAAUAUUCAUGGUCUUGGAGUAUUGUCCUGGAGGGGAGCUGUUUGAUUACAUUGUUUCUAAGGACCGCCUUUCAGAAGAGGAAGCUCGAGUCUUUUUCCGACAGAUUGUUUCAGCAAUUGCUUAUGUUCACAGUCAGGGUUAUGCCCACAGAGACCUGAAACCAGAAAAUCUGCUAAUUGAUGAGAAACAUAAUUUGAAGCUGAUAGACUUUGGGCUCUGUGCAAAGCCAAAGGGAGGCCUUGAUUACCGCCUGAACACGUGUUGUGGGAGCCCAGCAUAUGCAGCACCAGAGCUUAUCCAGGGCAAAGCCUAUAUUGGCUCAGAGGCAGAUAUUUGGAGCAUGGGUGUACUGCUGUAUGCUCUGUUGUGUGGCUUUCUUCCUUUUGAUGAUGACAAUGUGAUGGCACUCUACAGGAGGAUAACAAGAGGAAAAUACACUGUUCCAAAAUGGCUUUCCCCCAGCAGCACGCUGCUACUUAACCAACUGCUACAGGUAGACCCAAAGAAGCGGAUUACAGUUAAGCACCUGUUAAAUCACCCUUGGCUCAUGCAAGGUUAUUCUGAUGCUGUUCAGUGGCAAAGCAAAUACCCACUGGGGCACCUUGAUGAAGACUGUGUGACAGAGCUUUCUGUGUUUCACAACCAGAGCAGAGAGAGUAUAUCAGCAUUAAUAUCAGAGUGGAACUAUGACCAGAUGUCAGCAACCUAUCUCUUGCUUCAAUCCAGGAAGGUUCGUGGCAAGCGCAUCCACUUAAGGAUUCCAUCACAAACAGCACAUGCCAGUACAACACAGCCAGCAAGCCUGGGGUCUGAAAAGGCUGUGACAUCUGAAGCUGUGCCAGGUUGCAGCGAUGAGCCACAUGCGUUGGGAUCCAUGGAAUUUUCUGAUGCAGCUUCACUGUCUGAAGAAUCUCCACUGGAAGAGUUUGUUCUGAAUACUCACAGAACAAAGCAGCUCUCAAGGCAUGACGCUCAGCUGGGUGGUAUGGAAUUCACACCAUCAACUCCAGUGACGAGGAAAGUGGCACCAAAGCACGCAAACAAAGAGAAUGUUGAUGCAGAGUCAGCACUAAGAAACGAGCUGCCCUUCGCACUUCCUGCUCCAAAGGCCUCCUUUGCAAGGAGUGAGACAGACAAGCAAGUACAAGGCAUGCCCUUUCAGGCACCUCCUUCCAAAGAGAUCCAGUUCAUCACAGUUACCCCAGUUAAGAAGCCCAAAAUACCAACAAAUACGUAUGAACUGACAGCAGCUGAGGUUCUUCCUGAGAAGAGGUGUCAUUCUGUGGAUUUAGAUCUCAACCUAGCUCAUGUGCAGAGCAGCCAAAAGAAGAGGAAGGCCAAACUAUUUGGAAGUCUUGAAAGAGGCCUGGAUAAAGUGAUAACAAUGCUUACACCAGGCAAAAAGAAGCGAUUCAGUAGAUAUGGGCCAAGGAAACUUAAGGCACACUAUAAUGUUACCAUGACUCAACUGCUGAAUCCAGACCAACUGCUGAAUGAAAUAAUCUCUGUCCUUUCAAAGAAGCAGGUGGAAUACAUUCAGAAGGGCUACACCCUGAAAUGCCAAACAAAGCCAGAUUUUGGCAAGGAAUGCAUGAAGUUUGAGCUAGAAGUGUGUCAGCUCAGUAAGAACGAAGCAGUUGGAAUCAGGAGACAGAGGCUCAGAGGGGAUGCGUGGGUCUACAAGAGGCUGGUGGAAGACAUUUUAUCCAGCUGCCAGGUGUGACUGCUGCUCAGAAAGCCACAGUGCUGUGCUGAGACUGUAAUCAUCGUGUGGGGAAAAAGCAGUCUGGAAAGGUAAUUUGUGACCUCCUUCACAGCUGUAUUUGAGAAAUCGCAGCUCUUACACUUUUAUCCACCCCUUUCUGUGUGCCCACAGCACGUUUCCUUUUCUUACAGAAACUGUCAACUUAUGCUAUAUAUUCUGCAACUGUAACUCGACUGCAAUAAAAUUCCUGAAACUACCCCCAGCUCCAC